AUUUGAACGUGUGGUGUGUGGUGUUGUCUUGUUAGCUCGAGCUUGACUGUCUGUCAGUUCAGUACUGAUUGACAGUACUCGCUAGGUAGUCGUGUUUUUGUUAAAAAAAUUGCAGUAUUAAUUUUUAUUUUGUAACAAAUAUGGCAAACUUAAGACAAACGCCGUUAACGUGCAGUGGACAUACGAGACCAGUGGUUCAUUUGGAUUUUAGUGAAGUAACAGACAGUGGAUAUUAUUUGAUUUCAGCCUGCAAAGAUGGCAAGCCGAUGCUUCGACAGGGAGACACGGGCGAUUGGAUCGGCACGUUCGAGGGGCACAAAGGGGCCGUUUGGGGGGUGGCCCUUAACUCGGAGGCCACUCGAGCCGCUAGCGGCGCGGCCGAUUUCACGGGGAAAGUAUGGGACGCUAUUUCGGGCGAGGAAUUGCAUUCCUUCCAGCACAACCACAUUGUGAAGAGCGUCGAUUUUUCCUACGAUACCGGGCUCUUGGCGACCGGCAGUAACGAGAAGCUCAUUAGGAUUUUCGAUCUGAAUAAACCCGAUGCUAGCCCGGAGGUUUUUAGUGGACAUUCCGGUGGGAUAAGGCACGUGAUGUUUUUUAGAAACGAUACUCACUUGGUGUCUUGUGCUGAUGAUAAGACACUUAGGGUUUGGAAUAGACUAACAGGAAAAGAAAUUCAGAAAGUAGAAUUUUCCUCGACCCCGAAUAGCCUAGAGGUAUCGAAAGAUGGUACCGUUCUAACUGUAGCGUACUCAAAACACGUUGUAUUCCUGGAUGCUGAUACUCUUACGAAAAUUCGAGAGUUCUCCAUACCUAGCACAGUAAAUUCGGCGUCUUUGCAUCCGGACAAGAGCAUUUUCGUAGCAGGCGGUGACGAUUUGAAAGUGUAUAAAUUCGAUUACACUACCGGCACAGAGAUCGAAUCGUUCAAGGGUCACUUCGGACCAGUUCAUUGUGUUAAAUUUUCGCCCGAUGGAGAGUUAUAUGCUUCGGGGUCCGAGGACGGUACGUUGAGAUUGUGGCAAACGACCAUAGGGAAAACGUACGGUUUGUGGAAAUGCGUCGAUGCGCAAGUCAAUAGCGAAGCCCUGUCGCCGCCUAAAGAAGUCCAAGCCAAUUAAGAUGUUUAAUUUAAGUGAAAUUAAUAUAUUUUUAAAAUUGCAUUUGACAAAACACUGUGAAAAAGAACAAAACAACAAGACCUUGUCGAAUACUGUAUUUCGUUUGAAUUACCGAGAAGAAAAGAUGUGUACCAAUUUCUUGAAAUAAAAGUUUAUUUGGAGGCCCUGACACGCCUUAUUCAGGCCUUGGCGAACUUGAGAAUUAAUUAAUUUCCUUUAAAUGCUGCUGUACUCG